CGUGAAGCUCAUGACGAUGAAGUCUCACACAUAAAAAAAAGUUAUUGGCUACGCGUUUUAUUCUUCACCAAAUACUCCAAUAUCUGUAUCAUAUAUUCUGCAAAUAACCACUACCGAAAGAAAAGAAAAAAAAAAGGUUCACAGGUUUCCACCAUAGAAAGAAAGAUGGAGGUCAAACCAAAAGCCUUAGAGUCAAAGAAGAUAGCAACAAAAGCUGAGGAUGAGAAGAAGACAAAGAAAGAUGAUGUGACGAGUAGUAAUGGUCAAGGGAUUACUAUUAUUAAAGGGCAUCUCAAAAUCAUCGAGGGUUUAAUACAAGCUAAGACAAGAUAUGAUCAAUCUCCAAAGAGCUCGAGAUCAUCAUCGUCAUCAUCAUCAUAUGUGAUGAAAAUCAAGAUGGGAAAUUACAAAACUUCGAUUCAAGGAUCAGAAAACACCAAGAAGAUGGAAACUCAACACAAGAAUGAGAAGGUGAUGAAUCUGAAACAAAAUCAAAAUCAAGAAGAGAGUAAUAAGAUGAAGAAUAAGAAGGUAUGGGAUUGCGAAAGCACACUCUAUGACUCGUUCGAGCUCAACUCGUUCAAUCGCCAACUCGACUCAGCCAUCUCCUCCUCCGCUAGAUCCACGUCCAUGCCCCACCUCCCUCCUCUUCCACUUUCAGAAAAGUCGUCGUCGCCGUCGUCGACAAAGAAACAGUCAUCAAACAAGAUCUCACGUUCUCUACAGAGACUCAUAAAGUCAAUAUUCAGGCAGAAACAGCCAAACAUUCCCUUUAAGGAAUGUCACGGCGUAGAUAUGGACAAAUACUACGUCGUUUUUGACAAGACAGGGUCGCUUACGACGAUUCCCGAAUCGGGAGAGACAACAGACCUGGUUGGCUCGGAGACGAACUCGCUUGUUAGGAAAACCGUGUCGGAGCGAUUCCCGCCGAGUCGACUCGUUGGUAUAACUUGUUCCUGA